AUAUAUAUAUAUAUAUAUAUAUAUAAUUCUUGGCUGCCUUGUUUGCUUGUUUGCUCACAGUCAAGGAUGAAGGUUGAGAAGGAGAGUAGAUCUGGAUCAUAUGCACUUCUGCUAGCAGCAAGGGACUCAGAGUAUGUGAAGAAAGUGUACGGUGGGUAUUUCAAUGUUUUUGUUGCAGCGUUUGGGGAAGAAGGAGAGAGGUGGGACUUGUACAGGGUUGUAGAUGGAGAGUUUCCUGACAUGGAUGACCUUCAAAGCUAUGAUGGCUUCAUCAUCAGUGGCAGCCCUUAUGAUGCUUAUGGCAAUGACUACUGGAUCAUCAAACUAUGCUUUCUCUUGCAAAGUUUGGAUGCCAUGGAGAAGAAAGUCCUCGGAAUUUGCUUUGGUCAUCAGGUGUUGUGCAGAGCACUAGGAGGAAAGGUUGGGAAAGCUUAUACUGGGUGGGAUAUUGGGUUGAGGAAAGUGAAGCUAGUGAAGGAAUUGGCUCCAUUCAGCUUCGUUAAUGACUUGGAUGACGUUCCGCCUGCCCUUUCCAUUAUUGAGUGCCAUCAAGAUGAGGUUUGGGAAGUUCCUUUGGGUGCAGAGGUGAUCGGGUACUCGGACAAAACAGGUGUGGAGAUGUUCACCAUUGGAGGCCACGUUCUGGGCAUUCAAGGUCAUCCUGAAUACAGUAAGGACAUUCUUUCAAAUCUCAUCGAUCGCCUUUUCAACAGCGACUGCAUAGAGAAAGGUUUUGCAGAAAACGCAAGGUCUGCACUGCAAUUAGCUGAACCAGAUAGGAAGUGCUGGGAGAAGUUCUGCAAGACAUUUCUCAAGGGAAAAUAGACUUAAUGAACAUGCCAUACAAAUUGCAUGCUUUAAUUUAAAUCAAAGUAGUACUAUUUUCAAGGGCAUGAAAUGUUUACUAUAUAUUUAACCAAACAAUGGAAAAUAAUCUUAUUUUCUGUUUUUUCCUGUCCGUAAUGUUUGAGAACCUUGUAGGCCAUGAAAGGAACACAUAUAUUCCGAGCACAGUUACAAUACGAUUGGAAUAAUUUUUCCAGCGAACGUUUUGGAAUAAUAUUUUAAGGUCAUGGAAGUUCGACAGUAGUGCUUAGUGGGACUGUUGAACUGGAAUCCCAAGUCUUUUAUUCCUCUUGUGAAUGUCGUCUUGUUCUGGAAACAAUAUAUUGUAGUGCAUCUCUUAUAAGUA